AUGAGAAGAACCAUGGAGGAUAGCAUAAUUGGAGGCUUAGAAUAUAUUUGCAAUAUCUUUGAUAACGUAUACCUAUUAAAAAGUCUAGGUAUCAUAAGUGAAAACAAUCUCUUAUAUAGAAAUUUAAAUAAGGGAAAUUUUGGUUCGAAAAUAUGGUUUGUCACAUUAAUAUUAACAACAAGGAAAUUGGUUCAUCAAUUGAUAAGGGCUGUCAAGGCAAGAAUUAGAUUAGUCAAAGAAAGAAAAAAUUCGAAACGUAUUACCAGGAAUGAGAACCUGGUCUCUAGUGUCUUACAUGAAAAACUGGAUAUAGGAAUUAAAAAAUGCUCUUCGAUGAUAAUGGAUUUAUUACUGGAAUUGUUUCAAACGUUGGUCUAUUUAUUCCUUGUUUCAAUCAAUAUAUUUAAGUUAAAAUUCUCAGAUAAAAUGGUAUACGUUUUAGAACAUUUGUCAAAUCUGCUAGUAUUAAUAAGAAUGUUUUCGGCAAAAUCUAACGGCGAAGUAUUAGCUAUCUAG